GGUUUGCGCACGGUCAAAGCGCUGCGCGGGGUGGGCUUUGCGCGCUGUGAGGCUGCGCGGGGUUUGCGCGCGCGCAGGGCGAUGCGCGGGGCGGGUCUCGCCGCCCGCCUCAUGGCCGCCUCCUCCCCGCGCAUCGGCACCCACGACGGUGUCUUCCACUGCGAUGAGGCCCUGGCGUGCGCGCUGCUGCGCCUGCUGCCCCCGUACCGGGAUGCUGAGAUCGUGCGCAGCCGGGACCCGCAGCGCCUGGCGCUGUGCGAGGUGGUCGUGGAUGUUGGGGGCGAGUACGACCCCACACGGCACCGCUACGACCACCACCAGAGAUCCUUCACAGAGUCCAUGUGGAGCCUGCGGCCGGACAAACCCUGGACCACGAAGCUGAGCAGUGCUGGGCUCGUUUAUUGCCAUUUUGGCUCCCAAAUCCUAUCCGAGCUCCUGGGGCAACCGGAGGACAGCCCGGUGGUGACGGCGCUCUACGAUAAAAUGUACGAGAGCUUCGUGGAGGAGAUCGACGCCAUCGACAACGGCAUCGCGCAGACCGAGGGUGAACCCCGCUACGCCAUCACCAGCAACCUCAGCGCCCGCGUCGCCCGCCUCAACCCCUGCUGGAACGACCCCGACCAGGACACCGAGGCAGGUUUCAAGCGAGCGAUGGAGCUGGUAAGGAAUGAGUUCCUGGAGCGGCUCGAUCUCUACCACCGGGCCUGGCUGCCGGCACGGGCGCUGGUGGAGGACGCCGUGCGGAGACGGUUUGAGGUGGAUGCGAGUGGCCUCAUCCUGGAGAUCCCACGGGGUGGUUGUCCCUGGAAGGAGCACCUUUUCCACUUGGAGAAGGAGCUGGCGCUGCCCGAACCCCUCCAGUUGGUGCUGUUCCCAGACACCAAUGGGCAGUGGCGCGUGCAGAGCGUCCCGGUGGGACCAAACAGCUUCCAGAGCCGGCUCCCCCUCCCUGAGCCCUGGCGCGGGGUCCGUGAUGAGGAACUUUCCCAACUCACCAACAUCCCCGGCUGCGUCUUCGUCCACGCCAGCGGCUUCAUCGGCGGCAACCGCACGCGGGAGGGGGCCUUGGAGAUGGCACGGCGGACGCUGGCGCAGCGGUGUGAGGAGGGGGGAGCGCAGAGGGGAUGAGCCCUCACCAGAGGCUUUGGGGAUCCAGCUCUACGAGGAUUGUUCUGUUUCCCAGUAAACAGCAGCAAAAACCAGUCCA